UUUCAUCUUCCCGGCAGAAACUCCCCAAUUUCCUUCACUUGCAGCUGAACCAGAAGAAAGCGACGUCGUAUUACCGAGGCCGCUUCAGCCAUGUCGUUCAUGAAAGGCGAUCUGCUAUCGAGAACCCGAAAGCUCGUCAAAGGCUUUGCCAAAGCUGAGCCCGUCUGGCUUAAAGCUAUGGAAAAGGCACCGCCGGCUACAUUUCCUCGCGCCGAGAGAAAACUUAACCCGAUUACUCUUCCGGAGGAUGUUUAUGUAAAGAAGUUCUUUCGGAAGCAUCCCGAUUCUAAACACGAGGAUCCAAUCAAGAUUCGUGGAUUCGAUCCACCUCCAGCACGUUUGUUUGGCUGGCGAGUGCUUGAGUUGAAGGAGCAGGGCCUCAAUGAAGACGAUGCUAUGGCUGUGGCUGAUAUGGAAUAUCGCUCAGAAAGAAAGGCCAAAAAGAUGGCUUAUUCUCGACUAAAGAAAAUUGCACGCCUUCAAGGGAAGGAACCACCUCCCAACCCUUAUCCUAAAGCAAUCGAGGAGAUACAAGAAGAAGAAAAGCCAUAUGUCCGUGACCGUUUCUACAACCCAGACAUCCUAAGAAUUGUGGACAAACUAAAACAAGAUAGGGCAACUGAGAUGCAAGAGAGACGCAAUAGUGGUUGGUAAAGGUGCAUGCCAUAUUUAACAUAGCUGUUCUUUUACUUUUUGAAGCUGAUGGUUGUGUUAUUCAAUGGGGAAAAAAAUGGAUAUCUUUAUCGGAUUUUUUUGAAGUAGUUACCCACACCACAUGAUUGUUGUUGAAAGUUUGCAUCAUGAAUAAUUGUAAUUCCAAUCUAAGGACCCAGUCCAUUGGUGCUGAAUAUUGCAGCUGUAAUCUAUCAUUGCUCUUCUUUCCUAA